AUGAGGGAGUUGAUUCGAAAGCAAUACAAGAGCUGGACAUCGAAGGAGGAAGAAGCCCUAGCAGCCGGGGUGCAUAAGUACGGGAGCGGCAACUGGAAAACCAUCCUCAAAUAUUCCAAAUUUGCUCGUUACCUCGCUCGGAAGUCAUGCGGUGACCUGUGGAAGAAAUGGAGGACAAUGGCAUUUAGGGUUUCCAAUGAGAAACUGAAGACCAUGUCUCCCAAGGUAAAGAAGGUUGUGGCUGCCCGCCUGGAGGCCAUUAAUGAUGGGAAAAGCUCUGCUUUUGCUGAAAGAAAAGAGAGGGGUAUAACGGGAAGCGGUUGGACGGUGGAGGAGGAAGAAGCCCUAGCCGCCGGGGUGGAAAAGUAUGGGACGAGCAAGUGGAAGCACAUUCUCGAAGAUCCCGAAUUCGGCCCUGUCCUCGCUAUCCACCCGUGUACAUCUCUGGCGAAUAAGUGGAGGAACUUGACUGAUAGUGUUUCCGAGGAAAAGCUGAGGAGGAUGUCUUGUAAGGUAAGGGAAGUUAUGGAUGCUUCCUUGCGCAGCAAGAUUAAUGAUGAUCAGGGGGAGGAGACCGAAAGGGUUUCAAAGAUGGAAGAAGACACGGAAGAGAGCACUAUGUCAACAAAGGUAAGGAAGGUUGUGGAUGAUGAGGUUCAGAACUCUGCUAAUCCUAAUGAGGCAGUGAAGGAGACGGAAAGGGUUCCGGAUCAUGAGAUGGUAGAAGAAGAUGAGACCCUAAUGAUGGAUGUUGAAAGUUCUGCUGAUCCUGCUGAAGCAGUUAAGGAGAAUGAAAGGAUUUUGAAAAUGAAAGAAGAUGCCAAGUCUAUGCUACUGUUAGCGAAAGAGAUUUGGGGACAUUGCUCGACGGAAGGCACCAAUCGUGUCUCUGCUCCUGCCUGUCCACAAGCAGUGAAGGAGAGCAAAAGGAUUUCGGAGAUUGCAGAAGACAUUGAUCGGUUUUCUGCUGCCCCUCCUCCACAGGCGGAGAAAAAGACCAAAAUAUUUUCAGAAAUGGAAGAAGACACUGAUCGAGGCCCUGCUCCUGCUCCUCCAAAAGCAGUUGAAGAGACCAAAAGGGUUUCGGAGACGGCAGAGGAUACCAAAUCCAUGCUACUGUUCAUGAAUCAGAUUUAUGAAAGAUUCACGCAGUAG